GCUGUGCCUACUGCGGGUUCAGCAGCUAAAUAUGAGUGCAGAUUUUCGAGCCUCGCAGUAGCUUCUCACACGUAAUGGCCAGGAGAAAUCACUUUUCCGAGUUACUUUAAUAUGCUCGGUGUUCCAGGUGUGAGGGCAUCACCGGACCAGUCUCAAAAUGACCACCGGUUUCAGCUCCGGUUCCUCCCGGUUCGCAGAUUAUUUUGUGAUCUGCGGACUCGACACCGAAAGCGGGCUGGAACCCGACGAACUGUCCGCUUUAUGCCAGUAUAUAGAGGAUACUAAAUUCAGAGAUGGGGCCAGAGGAAAAUUGGCGAGGUCAAACGAAGGUGAGAAUUUUGAGCAGAGUCCGUUGCGGAGAACUUUUAAAUCCAAAGUCCUAGCUCAUUAUCCUGACAAUGUUGAGUGGAAUCCAUUCGACCAGGAUGCAGUUGGCAUGCUCUGCAUGCCGAAGGGUCUGUCCUUCAGGACGCAGGUUGACUCCAGAGAGCCGCAGUUCCACUCGUUCAUCAUCACCAGAGAGGACGGCUCGCGGACCUACGGCUUCGCCCUCACUUUCUUCGAGGAGGUGACCAGCAAGCAGAUAUGCAGUGCAAUGCAGACUCUUUACCACAUGCACAAUGCAGAGCAGUACGACAUCUUGCACACCCCAACAACCCCGCACGGACCGGAGGACCAGCGCCUCCCGCAGCCCCGCCCUGUGCUCCACGCCGCUCCGGCCAUCUCCCGUCUGCAGCGCUUCAACUCGUACGACAUCAGCCGCGACACGCUGUACGUGUCCAAGUGCAUCUGCCUGAUCACGCCCAUGGCUUUCGCCCAGGCCUGCAGGAAGGUGCUGGAGCAGCUUCACCAAGCCGUCACGUCUCCCCAACCCCCGCCGCUGCCGCUGGAGAGCUACAUCUACAACAUCCUGUACGAGGUGCCCCUCCCGCCGUCGGGGCGUUCGCUCAAGUUUUCGGGAGUCUACGGUCCCAUUGUGUGCCAGAGGCCGAGCACGUCUGAGCUCCCGCUCUUUGACUUUGCCAUCAGUGAAAUGUUCAAUCUGCUCGGGGUGGAGAACGUUCUACAGCUGUUCACCUGCGCCCUGCUUGAGCUGCAGAUCCUCCUCUACUCACAGCAUUACCAGAGGCUGAUGACGGUGGCGGAGAGCAUCACGGCCUUAAUGUUCCCCUUCCAGUGGCAGCAUGUCUAUGUUCCCAUUCUGCCCGCUUCCCUCCUGCACUUCCUGGACGCUCCUGUGCCGUAUCUGAUGGGCCUCCACUCUAAUGGGCAGGAUGACCGCACAAAGCUGGAGCUGCCACAAGAGGCUAACUUGUGUUUUGUGGACAUUGAUAAUCACUUCAUUGAACUGCCGGAGGAGUUGCCGCAGUUUCCCAACAAACUGGAGUUCAUUCAGGAGAUCUCCGAGGUUCUCAUGUCGUUCGGCGUCUCUCCAGAGGGAAACAUCCACUCCAGCGAGAGCCAGGGAAGAUCCCGCUUCCGUUCUGUCGACAUGGUCUCCGACAAGCGCAACGGCAACCUGGGGUCGCCCCUCACCUCCUACCUGCUCAGGGAGAACGAGACGAUCGCCCGGCUACAGGCGCUGGUCAAGAGAACAGGCGUGAGCCUGGAGAAGUUGGAGGUGAGAGAUGAUGCCAGCUGCAACAAAGAUGCGCGGGCUCAGUGCGACGAGGAAGAGCUCAAGAUGCACCAGCUCAACAUCCAAGUGCGCGAGGUCUUCGCCAACCGAUUCACGCAGAUGUUUGCCGACUACGAGGUGUUCGUCAUCCAGCCGAGCCACGACAAAGAGUCCUGGUUCACCAACAGAGACCAGAUGCAGAACUUUGACAAGGCCUCCUUCCUGUCUGAUCAACCAGAACCCUACCUGCCCUUCCUGUCACGUUUCCUGGAGACUCAGAUGUUUGCCUCUUUCAUCGAUAGUAAGAUUCUUUGUCACGACGAUGAGGAGAAGGAACACACACUAAGGGUGUUUGAUGCCCGUGUGGACAAGAUCCGCAUGCUGAACGUCCGUACGCCUACGCUGCGUACCUCCAUGUACCAAAAAUGCACCAACAUCGAGGAAGCGGAGAAAGCUAUUGAGAUGAGAGUGGCAAAGAUCGACCACACUGCGCUGCACCCCCAUCUGCUCGACAUGAAGAUCGGCCAGGGCCGCUACGAGCAGGGCUUCUUCCCCCGGCUGCAGUCGGACGUGCUUUCCACGGGGCCCACCAGCAACAAAUGGGCUAAGAGAAGUGCUCCGGCUCAGUGGAGGAGGAGAGACCGGCAGAAGCAACACGCUGAGCACCUUUAUCUGGACAAUGACCAGAGAGAGAAAUACAUCCAGGAAGCUCGAAACUUGGGCACCACCAUCAGACAGCCUAAACUGUCCAACCUGUCGCCCUCUGUCAUCGCUCAGACCAACUGGAAGUUUGUUGAAGGACUAUUGAAAGAGUGCAGGAACAAGACAAAACGAAUGCUGGUAGAGAAGAUGGGCCGAGAGGCCGUGGAGUUGGGUCACGGCGAGGUUAGCAUCACAGGUGUGGAGGAGAACACCUUGAUUGCGAGUCUCUGUGACCUCCUGGAGAGGAUCUGGAGUCACGGGCUGCAGGUUAAACAGGGGAAAUCCGCCUUAUGGUCCCACCUCCUGCAUUACCAGGACAGCAAAGAGAAGAAUGCCACUCCAGGCGGGUUGGGACCUCCAGGGUUCAUUCAUGACACGGAGCGGAGGAAAUCUGAUGGUGGUGGAUCAGCCAUGCCUCCGCUCAGGAUCUCCCUGAUCCAGGACAUGAGACACAUUCAGAACAUUGGGGAGAUCAAGACCGACGUGGGCAAGGCCAGAGCCUGGGUCCGCCUCUCCAUGGAGAAGAAGCUGCUUUCCAGACACUUGAAGCAGCUGCUCUCAGAUCACGAGCUAACAAAAAAACUGUACAAGCGUUAUGCCUUCCUGCGCUGUGACGACGAGAAGGAGCAGUUCCUUUACCAUCUGCUGUCCUUUAAUGCCGUCGAUUACUUUUGUUUCACCAACGUCUUCACAACCAUCAUGAUCCCUUACCACGUGGUGAUUGUUCCAAGCAAGAAGCUUGGCGGCUCCAUGUUCACAGCCAACCCCUGGGUGUGUGUUUCCGGCGAGCUGUCAGAGACCGGAGUCCUUCAGGUCCCCAGAAACACCUUGGAGAUCACUUUUGAGUGUCAGAACCUGGGAAAGCUCACAACGGUACAGAUGGGUCACGACAACUCAGGGCUGUACGCCAAGUGGCUUGUGGAGAGUGUCGUGGUCCGGAACGAGAUCACAGGGCACACUUACAAGUUUCCAUGUGGUCGCUGGUUGGGGAAAGGCAUAGAUGAUGGUAGUCUGGAGAGGAUACUAGUGGGAGAGCUGAUGACCCCCACUACUGAAAAUGAUGAGAGGAUGUGCCGCACACCACCCAUGCAGCAGUCUCCAGGGAUGAUGAGGAGAUUUGUUACCAUCUCACCAAGCAGCAAACCAAAGUUGAACACAGGCCAGAUCCAGGAGGGAGUGGGAGAGGCCAUCAAUGGUAUCGUGAAACACUUCCACAAGCCGGAGAAGGAGAGAGGCAGUCUGACGCUGCUGCUGUGUGGGGAGUACGGUCUCGUUUGGGCUCUGGAGCAAGUUUUCCAGCACGGUUUUAAAUCACCUCGACUCUUUAAGAACGUCUUCAUUUGGGACUUUUUGGAGAAGGCACAAGUGUACUUUGAAAGUGCUGAGCAACGGGAGGCGACUCCAGAUGAAAACUGGCAAACCAGAGUGCGCCACUUCUGCCGCUUCAUGCGGGCCAUCAAUAGCACGUCGAGAAAUAUUGGCAAGGACGGGAAGUUUCAGAUGCUUGUCUGUCUGGGAGCAAGGGACCAUUUGCUGCAUCACUGGAUUGCUCUGCUUGCAGAUUGUCCAAUCACCUCCCAGAUGUAUGAGGACAGUGCACUCAUUAAGGACCGCUCACUGGUAAACUCUCUGAUCCGAGUGCUACAGACUCUGCAGGAGUUCAACAUCACCCUGGAGGCUUCGUUAGUCAAAGGAGUUGGCAUCUGAAACCAAACCACGCUCUCCACCAGUCGUACCCAACAGGAAUAUCACAGAGGACCACUAAGAGAGAAGAAUAACUGACCUUUUUUUAAUGCAGGAACAGACUUGAACAAAGAACACUUUCUGGUUUACUGAAGCUACUGUCACAUUUGCCAUAAUUUAAGUGCAAUGAGCCUUUCAAGAUUUAUUUUUAUCCUCGAUGAUGAUGAUGAUGCCAUUAGAUGUUGAAGAAUUAUGUUUUCUAUUAUGGACCGUGGUUUUCACAUCAUUGAGGAUGACCUUGUGCUAUAAUGUUUUACUGAAAGCUCAAUAUUUUCAUCGUUGCCGUGACUUGAUGACAGCGGUUCUAUUUAAGGGAAAGCGAGGAUUAAAACUGUUAAUAUAUUUUCAGAUAAAAACAGUAUUAUUUUGUUAAAUCAGUGCAGUUGCUUGCUCUGUUGUCAAACCUGAUUUUUAAAUGUCAUAACGCAGAGUUUAAAGCAAAUGAUGUAGAAGUAUGCUUUAUAAGUAUGCGUAUGGCAGGGUAGAGUGGUAGGCGAUUUUCUUUUUUUAUAUAUACAAGUUUGACUCUUUCCCAAGCAAACAUACAUGUAUGUAUGCAAAUAUUUUAUUUGGAAUACCUUCAAUUGAAGAAAAGGUCCUCCUAUCACGAUGAGACCGUGGGGCUCGAGCCUGCUCCAAGUAAUGAAUGGUAUGUUCAGUUGGUUUCAGGAAAAUAAAACAAAGUCUUGUGUUCCAGAGCACUCCAAGAGAUGCUUGACCCUGUUAUUUUUUGCAAAGUUAACAACUUCAACCUUCAGUGUAAAUACCUCCCAGCAGCCAUUUCCUUGUACCAUCAUUGCAACCCUUACACUACAUAUACUCUGUUCUUUGAACUACAACGUGAUGACCUGCGUAGUUCCUGUGCUGACUUCUGACCUCUUGAUAAAUAUGUGAGGAGCUCAAAGGACUGUUUUAUUUCCCCACACUUGUUCCUGGUUUUUGUCAUCCUGGUUUCUUGCUAUGCAAUAACUACAAGAGAAAACUGAGAUAUUACUGGGCUCUCUCCAUUUACAUAGGAUGAACUUUAUCUUGCGGAAUAAGAGAUUUGAUAUGUGACGGACUUUUUUUGUGUGCCAACGGCGUCUGGAAUGACUGUGUUGUACUCAUCUGUGUACGACCCACAAAAGCAUCUUGGGAGAUAUAUAUUUUUCUUUUCCAGUACAGUUGUACAUUUAUCAACAUACUUGUGUAAUGUAGUGUUUACUAAGUGAGCAACUGUGUACAGUGUAAAAAUAUUAAGAAUAAAGCAUCUGUAAAGCAUUA